AUGAGCUCCAUUGACACAGAUCCAACAACAGCAUCUGUUGGUGAAUCAUCAUCAAGUAGAGUUAGGGCCUUCAAGUGCGAUCAGCCUGAAUGUGGGAAGGCAUAUUCCAAACCGUCUCUACUAGAACAGCAUCGGAGGUCUCAUACGAAUGAACGUCCAUUCAAGUGUGACAAGUUGAACUGCGGAAAGUCUUUUCUAAGGAAAUCGCAUUUGCAGGCACAUCUUGUAUCUCAUGAAGCUCAAAGUAGUAAACCUUUUCAUUGCUCAAUAUGUGGAAAGGGAGUGAAUACUCAGCAGCACCUUAAGCGCCACGAAAUUACGCAUACGAGAUCGUUCCAGUGUGAAUACAAGGACUGCAAUGAGUCAUUUUAUAAACAUCAAUCCUUGCGACACCAUGUAAUGUCUGUUCAUGAAAAAAAAUUGACUUGCAAAAGUUGCAACAAAACCUUUAGCAGACCUUAUCGUUUGGCGCAGCAUACAAUAAAAUACCACAGUGAUUCCCCGACAUAUCAGUGUGAUCACCACGGUUGUUUUCACAACUUCAAAACGUGGUCAGCAUUACAGCUUCAUUUAAAGACGGAACAUCCCAAAGUCAAAUGUAAGGUUUGCGGAAAGGGCUGUGUUGGUAAAAAUGGUCUUAAAUCACAUAUGCUCAGCCAUGACAAUGAUAAGAUGGUAAAACUUUGGAACUGUAAAUAUUGUGAUGUUGGAAGAUUUUCAAAGAAGAAUGAUUUGAUAGAGCAUUAUAAUACUUUUCAUGAUAAAAAUGUUCCAGAUGAUUUGUUGAAGCCUGAUGAAAGAGAAUACCUAGAGAAUUUAUUAAGUCAAUCAAUCAACCACAAUAAAAAGAUUGAUUUGAAUACUUUUAAUCCAGCUGAUAUUGAUGAGGCUGAUGUCGAAGCUAAGAAUGAAGUAUUAGGAGAUUCGCAUAAAUCUUUAAAGUCGCUCGAUUCUUUACAAUCAACUUUGAAGAGUGGCAAUCACACAAUAGUAGAAUUAAUACUGGGUAAUUUCAACAAACGGAAAAUUGAAUGUCCUAAAAAAAACUGUAAUAGACGAUUCAGUCGUGAAUAUGACCUUAAAAGACAUUUGGAUUGGCACACAACCCAUUUAAAGAGAGUGGAAGACUAUUUGAAUUCUUUGAAAACCAAUGCUGUAGGAUCCCCAAAAGAGUGUGUGACCUACCCUCCAGUUGAAAAUAAUGAAUUUAAUGAUAACGACGACCUAGAACUUGAUAGCCUAAUAGAUCUGGAGCUUAAACUGCUUCGCGCAGGGGAAACAUGA